AAUCGAUAUUACGAAUAUAAUAUUUCGACCCGUUUGUUUCAAAAUGUUAACAGCUGUCAGGAUUUUGUUUACUUUAAUAUAUUUUGUAGAUAUAAUUAAUUGUGAGUCUGAAACAACUACUUUACCAUGGUACGAGAAUCUUCCAGCUGUUGCGAUGGACUACAAAGUUCAUAUUGACCCUGGCAAGGAAGACUGUUAUUUUCAGUAUGUUAACCCCGGUGCCACUUUCUAUGUGAGCUUUCAGGUGCUCCGAGGGGGCGACGGCAUGGCGGGCUUCGCGGUGAAGCACCCCGACGGCCGGAUCCUGCACCCGUACCAGUGGCGUCCCAGCGCGGAGUACCAGGAGCAGCAGUCGGUGGGCGGCUACUACAGCGUCUGCGUCGACAACCAGUUCUCGCGCUUCGCGGCCAAGCUCGUCAACAUCUACAUCACCGUCAUACGGUACGACAAGUGGGACCAGUACACCAAGGAGGUGGAGGAGCUGGACCUGAGCGUGGGGAACUUCACGGAGUCGAUCAAGACGGUGGAGCGCAACAUCAACGAGAUGCUGCAGUUCCAGCACAGCUCCCGGGGGCGAGAGACGCGCGACUACAACGUGCUGGUCGACAACAACAGCUACGUGCUCAAGUGGUCGAUCGCGCAGAUCCUGGCCAUCACCUCGACCACCGUGCUGCAGGUGUACUUCGUCAGGAAGCUCUUCAGCACCAAGGACUCCCGGCCGAGGGCGUAGGACCCGCCCCGCUAGGCCUUUUCUAUUUUUGAUACUUUUCUAACAGCUGCGCGAGGGUCGCGAGUGAACACUGCUGUGGAGCACUCGUUGUUUCAUGUGGUUCCCUGUUCCCGAAUGCAUUUAUUUUUAAAUUGUUGUGUCACUGUUGUGAUGUCAUCUGUUUGUAUAAAUUACUUCAACGUCGUCUUGCAAUGUAGUGUAAGCCCCAUGCACAAUGAGUGAGCAGGAAGGGAAAAUGUUAUUGAAACAGUGUUGUGUUAGUAAGCACCAGGAGGAAGUACUUUGAAGUAACGUGCAAUCUCACAAAGUGUGUGGUGGUCGUAUCAUUCUCGUCAAAAAUUAAAUUAAUUGUGUCUUUUUUUUAAACUCUUGGAAAAGGUAUUAAUCUAUUAAUUAUAAAAUAACACACAUAAUGAUAGCUUCUUCAGUUAUUUAAAACGCUUCAAUGUGAUACAUUAGUAAUUUCCUUUUGUAAAUAAUUACGUCAAACAAUUUUGUAUUAAAUAUUGGUGGUGAUCAUUAAGAGCAGUACUUCAACUUACAAUAAUUUGUAGGAAAUUUGUUUUUUGUAUAUACUUAAAGUUGCCUGGAAAUGCUUCUAAAUUUGUUCAAUAUUAGUAUUAUUAUUUUAUGUGCUAAUUUAUUCUGAAAUUUAUUUUGAUAAGAGAUAAUUUGAAAGAUAUUGCUUUGUGACUAAUUUGGGGUUUGUCAAGUUCUUCGUAAGUUUGUAACCAUUUGUGAUCAGUAUUUAUAAAUGAGGCAAUUCACCAUUAAAGUUCCAGCAAAUAAUUAGGAGGGGAACAUUCGUUCAACUAAUUAAAUUUAUUGAGAAUUUUCAGCAAAUAAAAAUUACUUUACUGCAAGUUAGUGUCUGCAUAUGUCUUUACAGGCCAUAUGUUUGAAAGGAAAGUACGCUAAACGAUAAUAUGAAAGUCUGAAUUUUUGCUAACCUUUUGUAAUCAUGAUUAUUUGUUUGUUUUAAAAAAUAUUUUUGGCAAUAUAUUUAGGUUUCGUAGGGUCUGAGCUUAAGCUGUUUAGUUUCAAAGGUGUGUACUGUGUACUGUCACAGCAGCAAAGUAGCGUGAAGACUGGCCCCAUGUCAUUGCUAGCAUAAUUCAGGCAUUGCUUUUCAUUUGCAGUUAGUGACAUUUGGUUAGGUUAGGUCUGUUACAGAAGAAAAAUUGUUUAAAAAAUAUAUAUAUAUAUAUUUUUAUUAUUAUUUUCCCCAGUAAGGUUGAAUUUUUGUCUAAAUGAUUUUGAGUAAAAUGAAAAUUUGGUCAGGUUUGGCCUGCGAUGUUUAAAUCAUUCCUAAAUUGUGAAAAUGUAAGAAUUCUCACAAAAUGGUGUUUUUAUUCCCGCCUCUAAGUUGCGCAAGCGAGCGGCGAACUUCAGAUGUGUUUGGGGACUGAUCGGGGAUCUGUGAAACACAGGCUUCCCAUGGGCCCAGUCGACAGCAAUGUGAACUUAAUACAUGCAACAGAUCGCCAAAAAAACAUACGGCACAUUUGUGACACAUUUUGCCCACGAUUUGCAUUUAAAAUUAAUUGUCCAGCAAUCAGCCAAGAAUGAUGUGUAUGCUAUAAAACACUUUGGUAACAAUAUUGAGUUAAAACUAUGCAUUGCAUACGUAAUGAAUGUUUGUUGGGUAUCCUUAAUUGCGCAGUAUUUUAUUUCCAGAGGACAAUUGGACUCUUGGAAGUGCAAACACACAACGAAGUUAACCUGAAAGCAAUUUUAUUUAUCUUGAUAGCGAUGUGUGAUCAGAAGGAAGUGAAGACUGAGAGAGCUGAAAUGACUGAUGCAGUGUCAGUUCCAGUAUUACGGGGUUGCAUGUGAGAUGUUCAUAUUAUUCUGAAUACAGGGGGAACUGGGACUUUUUAUUCUUGUGUAACAUCUCAUUAGGGAUCUCACUGGCCACAUUUAUAUACAAGUAUUAUUUUCUUUUCUUUUUUUUAUCUUUUAAAUUUUUUUUUUUUUAAGUGGAAAUAUACUAAAUGUAUGUUCAUAAAAUAAAUUUUAGGCACAUGAACUAACAAGGACGUGUAAGAAAACUGUCUUGUUUCUGCACCGUGGAAUAAAAAGUCCUUGUAGAAACAGGAUGUUUCUGGGUCGAUGGUGCAAAUGAUACCUGCUGCGUGUCAGCAUGUUUUCUGUGAGGAAACGCUGGUAUUCACGGAGUUAUUUUAAAAACAGAAUGCACUAACAUAUUUGGUUAGUUUUUUUAAGGUCUUAAAGGUUACCGGGGUGAGGAACAGUGGAGACGCAGAUUGAUCGCGGAAGCAGGUAACAUUUUGAUGACAAGUGUUAGUUUUGUCUUGUAGCAAAUGCCAGGGUUCACGGUGUACACAUUUUGUUUAGUAAUACGUAACUAACUUUCACACUUAACAGUAUGUUACAUAACAAAGUGCUCAUUCCAGUUGGGUUUAUUUACAUGUAAAGCAUUUUUAUUUAAUGUAAAGUUCUGUUUUCUUGGCUACUCGGUUUAACAUGUUGCAGAGAACUAAAUGGUGAUGGAAGAUUUACAUCAUUGUGAUACUUAUAGUAGUAAUAUUUUUUUUCUCCAGAUAAAGUUUUUAUUUAAUGUUGACUGAUUGAAGGGUUGUAAUGUGGUUGCGAAUGUGUUUGUAUGUAGUGUAAAAUGGUGAACUGUACAGCAACUGCUUACACAGUUUUCAACGUAUUUUACGAUACUUACAACCCCUUAAAUACUUUGUCUUUUUUGAGUUGACUGUUGUAAACUCUAAAAGUUUGGUUUCUUCACUGCAGGCUAGUGGUGCAUGUCUAGUAGGUGUUGUUACAGUGAACACCCAGUGUUUCGCACACUCCACUGUAUGUACUGUGUGCACACUGUGACGUGGUCCAGACAUUCCACUCUUACUGUGCAAUUAUAAAUGUACUAAUUUUUUUUGGAUGAGUUUUUUUAAUAGAUAUAUGAGUUUUUAUGUCUAAGUAAGACUGUUUUUUAUUUUUCUGUUCAAAAAAAACACUGGUCAAAUAAAGUUUAUUUUUUACUAA